GCCACUGUCUCCUUCCUCUUUCCGCAAACCCCCUUGUUCGCCUUUUCCCCUCCUGACACACAAUGGACCCUGAUGCCAUCAAGGAGGAGCUGCGCCUGUUCCAGAGCACCCUGCUCCAGGACGGGCUGAAAGAACUACUGAAUGAAAACAAGUUUGUGGACUGUACCCUGAAGGUAGGCGACCGCAGCUUCCCCUGCCACCGGCUAAUCAUGGCUGCCUGCAGCCCUUACUUCAGGGAGAUCUUCUUCACAGAGGACGGGAAGGAGGUGGAGGACACCAAGGAGGUGGUGCUGGACGAUGUGAACCCCGCCAUCCUGGAUAUGGUUGUCAAGUACCUGUACUCAGCCGAGAUCGACCUGACUGAUGACAACGUUCAGGACAUAUUUGCUGUGGCCAACCGAUUCCAGAUCCCCUCUGUCUUCACUGUGUGUGUCAACUACCUUCAGAAGAAGCUGUCCCUGGGAAACUGCCUGGCCAUCUUCAGGAUGGGCCUGGUGCUCAACUGCCCCAGGCUGGCUGUGGCUGCACGAAACUACAUCGCCGACCGCUUUGAGUUCCUCUACAAGGGAGACGAGUUCCUCCAGCUUGCUCCCCAUGAACUGUUUGCCAUCAUUGGAGGAGACGCACUGAAUGUAGAGAGAGAGGAGCUGGUGUUUGAGGCCGUCAUGGGUUGGGUCCGCCACGAGAAGGAGAAGCGUGUCAAGGUCCUGAAAGAUGCCUUCAACUGCGUCCGCUUCCGCCUUCUGCCAGAGAAGUACUUCAAUGAAAAAGUGGUGUCCGACGAUCUCAUCAAGGCUGACCCAGAGCUCCAGAAGAAUAUCCAGGUCAUCAAAGAUGCUUACAAGGGGAAACUUCCAGAGAAACCAAAGAAGAAGGAGGGGGAGGAGGGCGCAGACAACGAGGGAGAGGAACAAAGCCCUUUCCUCGGGUUCCUGAACGACAACCGCAGGCAUGGCAUGUACGUACGUGACCUCAUCCUGAUGAUUAACGACACGGCGGCGGUGGCGUACGAUGUCAAUGAGAACGAGUGCUUCCUGGCGGCCAUGUCCGAGCAGGUGCCGCGUAACCAUGUGAGCCUGUCGUCGCAGAAGAACCAGCUCUACAUCAUCGGAGGACUGUUUGUGGAUGAGGAAAACAAGGAUGUGCCCCUGCAGUGUUACUUCUAUACAUUGGAUCCACUUACAUCCAGCUGGGCAGCCCUGCCACCCAUGCCUUCUCCAAGAUGCCUCUUCAACAUUGGGGAGAGCGAGAAUUUGCUGUUCGCCGUCGCUGGAAAAGACCUCCAAACCAAUGAGUCACUGGACAGUGUCAUGUGCUACGAUACUGAGAGGAUGAAGUGGACCGAGACCAAAAAACUUCCUCUGAAGAUCCACGGUCAUGCUGUGGUCUCCCACAAAGGACUGGUCUACUGCAUCGGAGGAAAGACAGAUGACAACAAAGCCCUCAACAAGAUGUUUGCGUACAACCACAAGCAGUCGGAGUGGAGGGAGCUGGCGGCCAUGAAGACAGCCAGGGCCAUGUUCGGGGCAGUCGUGCACAAAGGCAAGAUUGUGGUGGCCGGCGGAGUCAACGAGGAGGGGCUCACCGCCACGUCUGAGGCCUACGACUUUGCAACAAACAAGUGGGAGCCCUUCACGGAGUUUCCCCAGGAGAGGAGCUCCGUGAACCUGGUGAGCAGCGGGGGCUUCCUGUACGCCGUGGGUGGUUUCGCGAUCGUCCAGAUGGAGAACAAAGAGGUGGCUCCGUCAGAGGUCACGGACGUCUGGCAGUACGAGGACGACAAAAAGCAGUGGAGCGGCAUGCUGAGGGAGAUGCGUUACGCCGCCGGCGCUUCCUGCGUGUCCAUUCGCCUCAACGCUGCCAGGAUGCCCAAGCUGUAGACAGAACCGCUUUCAUAGUCUUUCUUAAUUUCCCAGGACACCGUAUGUCACGCCCUCCUCCCCUGAGAUGUCCUCGAGUCAUCUCAACCUUUGGACUCGAUUUUAUGUGUGUUGAGUUGAUCGUUGACAU